AUGGUGCUUGAGAAGGCUACAGAAGCGGAAGAGGAAUGGAGGUCUGCUAACAAUAGAGAACCUGCACCGUCGCCGGUCAGGUUAUCCAACAACAGUAGCCGACAGAGAUGGUGCCCUCCUCAGUACGGGGCUCUAAAAUGCAAUAUUGGUGUGUCCUGGGAUCAGACUACGUCUAUCAGCGGAGCGGCUUGGAUUUUGCGUGAUAACAACGGAGCAGUACUGUUACACAGCCGACGUGCCUUCUCUGGAGUCUCUUCUCUCAUGGAAGCAGAGCUGUGUGGUUUCUGGUUUGCAGUGGAGAGUAUGGUUUCUACCCGUCAACGUAAUGUCAUUUUUGAGUCCCACUAUAAUCUAGCUCGUGAAGCUCUACUCAAUCCUACAAGGUUUCCGAGUCUGUGCUCACUGCUUAACGAGAUUAUAUCCUUAUUUCCUCGUCUUCAAACCUGGCAAAUGGCGUAUGCCGGUAUGCGUAUGUUCAACGUAAUCGUCCUGCUACAAGGAUUGCGGACAGUGUGGUUGGUGAUGGGAGAUUCACUUCAUAUAUACAUUGCGAGGGGUGGUCCUAGUUGGCUACUUGUAACUUUGAAUGCUGAAGCGUCUGGUAGCUGA